CAAGGAUCAAAACGCGGGGAAGGAAAAGGAUACCUAACUUUUACAUUUAGUUUAUUGAACUCAAAUCAUACAAGUAUAUACUUUCACAUUGUUGACCCUUGAUAUUCCAAAAAAAACUCUUUUAUGGAUUGGAUGAGAAUUCUAAAAGCCGCCAUUGUUAAACUACUGCUGCUGCUACACUAUUAUUAAUUGAUAUUAAAGUCUGAUUUGAAAUUCAAACGCAAAAGAAUCACAGAGAUAUUAAUCCAGCAGAAUUCCAUAGAUCAAGAAUUGUAUUCCAGCCGAUGCGAUCAAAAUCGCACUACAUCCUACAUCAAUCAGAUCAGGUUGGGUUGAAGAGAAAAGUAAUUAAAAGCAUCCACUUGCAAUUGCAACCCUUAUCGAAGGAACAGGAAUAUAAUCAAUUAUAUAAGCAACAAUAACGAACGUAUAUAAUUUUUGCAAUCAUCAGAUGCGCGGAUCAAGAGAAUCCGUUAAGCACUUUUUUAGAAAGCAUAAACUGAAUCUCAAUUAUUGCCAUUGGAGUGACACAUGCAAAUUACAAAUAGGAGAGUCAACGCCAACGCCAACGCCAACGCCAACGCCAAACCAAAAACACAAAAAGCGCGGAGGAGGCUGUUAUUGGGUGUGCCUACUUUCUCUUUGUCUCUCCUCCUCGCUCACAUCUCUUGAUCAUCUUAUUCUCAUUCAUAAGAACAUAUUCUAUCUCCCUUUAUAUCUAUCUCCCCCUUACACCUCGUUUCUCUCUCUCUUCUUUCAGCUGAGUCAUACUAUGGGGGAUCCGACAUUAGAUCCAAAUGGACAAUUAAAGGAGUUUUGGAUCCCGGAUUUUAUAUUAAAUCCGGAUUCGGAGGAAGAGGAUUAUGCGGAUGUUCCUGAGUGUCCUGUAAUUGUCUUUGUUAACUCAAAAAGUGGUGGACAACUUGGUGGAAAUCUCCUUGAAACAUAUCGUUCACUGCUUAAUAAAAAUCAGGUUGUCGAUUUAUUGGAACAAGCUCCUGAUAAGUUUCUAAGUACAUUGUAUCUCAAUUUGGAAAUGCUUAAACAAAAGGAAAAUAAUUUGGCUUUGAAGAUCCAGGAGAAACUCAGACUAAUCGUGGCUGGUGGUGAUGGUACAGCUGGAUGGAUUCUUGGGGUUGUUUGUGACUUGAAGCUGUCUCAUCCUCCUCCUAUUGCUACUGUACCUCUUGGCACAGGAAACAACCUCCCUUUUGCAUUUGGUUGGGGUAAGAAGAACCCAGGGACAGAUCAACAAUCUGUGAAGUCAUUCUUGUAUCAAGUCUUGAAGGCAAAAGAAAUGAAAAUAGACAACUGGCAUAUCCUGAUGAGGAUGAAGAACCCAACUAAUGGAAAUUGUGAUCCCAUUGCACCACUUGAGUUGCCACAUUCACUACAUGCUUUUCAUCGUGUAUCCUCAACAGAUUCUUCGAACAUGGAAGGCUACGUUACAUUCCGUGGUGGAUUCUGGAACUACUUCAGUAUGGGGAUGGAUGCUCAAGUAUCUUAUGCAUUUCAUUCUGAACGGAAGUUACAUCCUGAAAAGUUCAAAAACCAGCUAGUCAAUCAGAGUACAUAUGCUAAACUUGGGUGCUCACAAGGCUGGUUUUUUGCUUCCUUAUUCCAUCCUGCUGACAAGAAUAUUGCACAGCUAGCUAAAGUGAAGAUCAUGAAGAAACCUGGUGGUCAAUGGGAAGAACUUCCUAUUCCUCACAGUAUCAGGUCAAUAGUAUGCCUUAACUUGCCAAGCUUUUCUGGUGGAUUAAAUCCUUGGGGUACCCCAAACAAGAACAAAUUACGAGAAAGACAUUUGACUCCUCCAUUUGUAGAUGAUGGCCUUAUAGAAGUUGUUGGUUUUAGAGAUGCUUGGCAUGGGCUUGUUCUCCUAGCUCCGAAUGGCCAUGGGACUCGUCUUGCACAGGCAAACCGAAUCCGUUUCGAGUUUCACAAAGGUGCUACGGAUCAUACCUUUAUGAGGAUAGAUGGGGAACCAUGGAAACAGCCUCUACCAGUUGAUGAUGAUACUGUUAUGGUCGAAAUCUCACACCACGGUCAAGUAAACAUGCUUGCAACUGAGGGCUGCCGUUCAAGAAGUAUGCGCGAUCCCUCUUCUAAUAUGGGCGGAUAUGAGGAAGAAGAUAAUGACGAUGAUUCUACAACUGUAGAAGGUGAAGAGUGGAGCAAAUUUGGUGCUGCCGAGACAUUCAGAAUCCCAGAUGGAGUUGACAUAUCACAUCUGAGUUAAGCUAUUUCUAUCCCACCUUCAGUUUGAGCUACAUAUUGUGACAAUUGAGCAAACCGUCAGGAUGCAACUAUACAAAUUGAUGAUUACAUGUAAAUUAUUUGUCAAUAGAUUGUUAUAUAAAUAGAAGUAUAAUCACAUGUUUGAAGGCAUGAUUGUUUUGCACAACUAACUUUGGUAUUAGUGUGAUUUGUGGAAGUAAAUUUAAAGUCAAAGAGUACAAAGUAGAUUCUUUCUUGUAAACUAGAUUUCUGCUAUACUUCUGACGUGAAUAGUGAAUUUCAUGAUUUCUUUAUUUAUUUGUUUUAUUGAAA